AUUAACAACAUGGUCUAACCAAAGCCUUUUACAGUUUCACUUACUUUCAAACUCGAAGUCUCCGCCACUACUACCAGCUUUCUAUUCAUCGCUCAACCCAAUGGCACUCGCCUCCAACUCGCUCGUUUCUUUCAUCCAAGGCUCAUUGAGUCAACCCGGAAGGACCUCCCACUCUCUUCCUUCACCUUCUCUUUCUUUCCCCGGAUCUCGUUCGCUCUCUCUGAAACUCACCCGCCGCUCCAACUCGCCCCUUCUUUGCUCUUUAGAUGCAACCAACGCCACAGAUAAGGACACCCCAAUCGAAACAAGGUUCCCAGCUUAUCCAACUGUGAUGGACAUCAAUCAAAUAAGAGAGAUAUUACCACACAGAUUCCCAUUCUUGUUAGUGGAUAGAGUGAUAGAAUAUAAUCCAGGUGUAUCGGCUGUUGGUAUAAAGAAUGUGACCAUAAAUGAUAACUUUUUCCCUGGACAUUUCCCUGAGAGGCCUAUAAUGCCUGGUGUUCUCAUGGUUGAGGCGAUGGCCCAAGUUGGAGGUCUCGUUAUGCUGCAACCUGAGGUGGGAGGUUCUCGGGAAAACUUCUUUUUUGCUGGAGUUGACAAAGUAAGGUUUAGGAAACCAGUCAUUGCAGGAGAUACUUUGGUUAUGAGGAUGACACUUAUUAAGCUGCAAAAGCGGUUUGGAAUCGCAAAGAUGGAAGGGAAAGCAUACGUUGGAACUGACUUGGUAUGCGAAGGCGAGUUCUUGAUGGCUACUGGUAGUACUUGAUUGUCUCAGUAUUUUAUACUUUGUGUAUCCACUAAUUUUCGGGGAAAUCACGAGCCGUGUUGUACCCGACGCUUUUGUUCCAUAUGCAUCCCUUUUUAGUGAGAUUUUCAUUGGGGUUUUUUUUCGAUGACAGUAUGUUUGUAAGUUUCUUUGUACUUUGCAGACAGAAAAAGAUUUUCUUGAAGUUUCUUCUAUCAUUUCAUGUAGACUGAAAUCAGUUAUCAGUUAUGAAAAAAAGAGGUUUAACAA